CUCAUUCACUCAGAGCAAGUUCAGCAAUUCGGUCUAGAAUAUCGAGAGAAAAAAUAUUAAAAGUUAAAAUUGAACGUACUUAUUUUGCUUUUUUCAACCUUUCGCGACUUUCUUGUGAUAAAUUCUCAUUGAAAACAAAGCGUAAACGUUUCACGUUCAUUUACAUUCGGUCAAACGCGACUUUCCCCAAGUAUUUCGAGUGAUUUUCUAAAGUCUUCGCGCAAUCAUGUCGGACCAUGCAGCUGUCUCUGGUGUGCUGAACGCUCUGCUCUGCGGCGUCACUGGCUAUGGAUUCUAUGCGCUGGGUCCCCAACAGCAUCCGUAUGCAUUCACCGCCUGCGUCAUUGGCUUCUGUCACGGACUCUUGGGCAUCGUCGAGUGUUGUUCUGGCGACUCGAAUGUGACGAGUGCGAAGGAGACAACGAACAGCAUUAUGGAAAUUGUGCCACUGCCGUUGGUCAAUAUUGAACUCUUCUUUGGCGGCGAAGGCAACAACAUUGCCUUAGGUCAUGGCCUUUUCAUUGUGCCCAUGGCUAUUUCGGCGAUCGUUGCUCUGGUGAAGGGCAGCGAGGAGGGCGACGAGACAAUGGAAACCCUCAAGCUGCUUACCAUAUUGGGCAACAUCACGUCCCUUUGCUAUCUGGCCGUCAACGAGGGCAGCUGGGUGAUGGGCGGCAUGGCUGCCUUGGCUUUCAUGUCCAAGUAUGGCGCCGAGUUCUUGGAGCAGCAGCUCGAGGGCAGCGGCGAGCCAAUCAAGUAUCUCAGCUGGUCGGGAUUCUAUUUCCUAACCACCUUGGCUGUCGGUGGCGAAAAAUAGUUCAUCGAAGUUGCCCUACCUCUCUCUUGAUAGCAAAUUCUCAAAUGUGUGAACUCAUCAUUGGAUCACGUGACGAUGAUCAAAGCAGCAAGGACGUGAACCCUCAACCGGAAAUGAAACUGAUUACUCGAAUUACUCUAUGCGAUGAAAAAAACCCUCAACUUUAAAUUAACCAUUAAAAAAAUCAUUCGUUGUUAA